UCGUGUCAUUCUUCUCCCUCAGAUCGUCGUCCAGUUCAGACGUGUGUUAUUUAAUUCUCUUAUCUCUUAAGUGUAUUGUAUUUUUUUUUUAUAUUUAAAAACUAAUACGCGAGUGCUAGUUUACUAUUUUUAAAUUAAUUUAAUUAAAUAUUAAAUUAAAUUAAUUUAUAUAUCUAUAUAUAUAAAUAUAUAUUUUAAAAUAUUUAUAUUUAUUAUAAAUAAUUAAUAACAACAAUGGCUGAACAAGAUAACAAAGAUUUUACCGAAGAUAUUACUGAUCAAAGUUAUGAACAAAACGGAGAUGCGGCUCAAAACGAGACUGGAAAUGGCGGCGAUGCCGGUGACGCCAAUGAAAAUGGCCAGGAUUCACAAGACGACAAAUCGGGCAGUGAUGGUAACCAGGAGUCACUUAACGAUAGAAAAUUAUUUGUUGGUGGACUCAGUUGGGAAACCACAGACAAGGAAUUAAGAGAUCACUUCGGUAGCUAUGGUGAUAUUGAAAGUAUCAAUGUUAAAACAGACCCCAACACCGGAAGAUCACGAGGAUUCGCUUUCAUCGUUUUCUCCAAGGCUGAAUCUUUGGACAAGAUUAUGGUGGCCGGAGAUCACGUUAUUAACAACAAAAAAGUCGAUCCCAAAAAAGCUAAAGCCCGUCACGGUAAAAUUUUCGUCGGUGGUCUGUCAACGGAAUUAUCUGACGACGAUAUCAAAGGUUUCUUUGAGAAGUUUGGUAAGAUCGUCGACGUCGAGAUGCCAUUUGACAAAACAAAAAGUCAACGUAAAGGUUUCUGUUUCAUAACUUUUGAAUCUGAGCAAGUUGUUAACGAGCUUUUAAAAACACCCAAACAAACAAUUAACGGCAAAGAGGUUGACGUUAAAAAAGCAACACCUAAACCAGACGGUAUGGGAGGUAUGCGUGGUGGUGCUGCUGCUGGACGUGGUGCUGCACGUGGUGGUCGCGGUGGACGUGGACGUGGUUUUGGCGGCCAGGGAUGGAGUCAAGGUGGUUACGGUGCCGGUGGAUAUGGCGGCGGUUAUGGACAAGGAGGUUACGGUGGUGGAUACGAUGGCUAUGGUAGUUAUGACUAUUAUGGCGGUGGAUAUGGCGGCUACGGUGGUUACGACUACACCGGAUACGACGGCUAUGGCUAUGGCGGUAGUUACGACGGUGGCUACAAUGGUGGUCGCGGUGGUGCACGCGGUAAAGGUCUUCAAUCUUACAACAAAUUACAUAAUUCAUUGAAUCAUCAUUCCAUAAAAUCAUCACGUCAUCAACAACAACAAAGCAGACAACUGCCGCAAAAUAAUUAUAACAAUCAACAACAAGAUUCGCAACAUCAAAAAAACCACCAACCAAACAAUGUAACAUACAUGCAUUAAAAUUUUCCGGCCCUAAUAACCUCAAUAAAAUUUAUUAUUAAUAUUUAAUAAUUAAUAAUAAUAAUAAAUAAUAAUAAUAAUUAAUAAUUAUUAAUUAAAAUUUUUUAAUUACAAACAAAAAAAAAAUUUCUUUUUAUGAACUUUAAUUUGAAACAAUAGUAAAAAAAAUAAAACAAUCAAAUAAAAAGGGUUCUGGAUUUUAAGGUAAUAAAUAAAUUAAUUAUAAAUAAUUAAUAAUAAUUAUUUAUAAUUAAGUAGAUGAGUUUAAACGAUAGUUGAAAUUUUGUUUGCAUUAAAUCCUCAAUCUUUUGUACAGAAUAUUUUUAAUGUAUCAUCUCCCAAUUUAAUUAAUUAAUUAAUUUUUUUUUAUUAAUUAAUUAAUUAAAUAAUAAUUAUAAUUAAAAUAAAUAAAAUUAAGAAUUAAAAAAUUAGUUAACAUAAUUAGAAAAUAAUCUUUUUUUUUUUUCUACUUUAAUUUUUUUAUUUGUCUAUUUAUUGAUUAAUAAACAAAUAAUUACUGUAAUGCUGUCUCAUUAUUAAUUAUUAAUUAUUAUUAUUUAAUAUUUUGUAUAAAAAUGCCCGGGGGUUUUUGUCAACUCGAAUUUUGAUGUUUUUUUAAAAACAAUUACUAUUGUUUUUAUUUUUACGUCUUUAAUUUAAAUGUAAUUGUAAGUUUAUGAACAAAUUAAUAAUUAAUGUGUAGUAAUAAAAUUAUUAAGUAAUUAAACCAAAAUUUUUUGAUUGAAUUAUUUUUUACUAUGAGUAAUUACUCUAGAUAUUGAUGGGAAUAAUUUAAGUACUGUUUUUUAAAUAUUUUAAUUCAAAAAACUUAAUUGUUUAUAAUUAAAUUAGCGGAGAAAAAUGCGUUUGUGUUAGUCUUGGGUAGUUCGCGAACGACCUAGGUCGGAAGAGCGCUCCUUUAGGUGAACUAUGCGAACUAGUUCGUCGAUGAUCUCGCUCUUAGUUCUUUUUAUAUUUUUUUUAGCGUCGGUUUAACUAGACACUGGCGCUAUGUGACCAACCGAGUUAUUUACUUUUUCUGUGCGCGCCUUGAUAUUGCGAGAGACUAUUUUUAUAUAUUAGAUCAUUACUCAACGAGACUAGCUGUUGACUAAUGAUUAAUAUAAAUUAUUGAAUUUUUUCAUUUUUACUUAAGUAAAAGAUUUGAUGUGCUAUAAAAAAAUGUCAACUUUAAUUGUAAUAAUUAGCAUUUUUUAAGUAUUGUAAUAUAAUUACGCAUUAUACUAGAAACGAGACUAGCUGUUGACUAAUUAUUAAUAUAAAUUCUUUUAUUUUUUCAUUCUUAUUUAAAUAAAAAAUUUUAUGUUCCAUAAAUAAACAGAACCAGCAUUAGUCAUAAAUAUAUUUUUUUUUCUAUUUAUUGUUUUUAGUAAAUUAUUUAAAUAAAAAAACGAACUAGUUCGCCAUUGGAUUAUGAACUAAAUUGAGCGCUCUCAGUGAUGACCGAUUAGGCCCAAGACUACUUUGUGUAAAUUUUUUGAGGUUGUGUUGAAAAAAUAAUUCUUGUAUGAGAAGUUGAUAGUGCGGCUCCUGGCGGAUUGUUAGGAAAUCGGUUGUAGAGGCGCUGAAGUAGGAAAGUCACUGCAGCGACAUUUUGUUGGAGUUUUGGAAGGAAAAUAAAGAGGUAGGGGAAAAUCGUGAUUGGAGGCAGAAGCAAGAAUUUUUUUACGACCACGUUCUUUUGGUUCCGGAUGUUGAAGAGAUUAGUCGCAAAAAUUUUUACUGGAAAUUUAAAUUUUACCACAGGGUAAAAAAAUUUUAAAUCUUUAAAAAAUGAACGAAAGAAAUAUUUUGUUUAAAUAUUUGUCGGGAAAGCGAAUAAUUAUUUUUGCGAACAGUUAAAUUUGAAUUGGGAAAAUGAGAUUAAAUUGUGAAGUAAAAAAUGGAGCUGCUUGUAUUCUAUUUUUCAAGGUCUCAAUUCAAGUAAAGAGGAAUUAAGAGAUCACUUUGGUAGCUAUGGUGAUAUUGAAAGUAUCAAUGUUAAAACAGACCCCAACACCGGAAGAUCACGAGGAUUCGCUUUCAUCGUUUUCUCCAAGGCUGAAUCUUUGGACAAGUAAUUACAGAUUGCACGCUAGUGAACAUGGAAAAAAAUAAUAAUUCACCUCCAAGGUUAUUUGACUACCAAUUAUAAGUCAACGAUCAAUCAGUCGAGCACGACAUAAAAAAGUAUAAUUUCCAGCUCAACUAUCGAAGAUACAAAAAAAAUCAAUCAAUACAAAUUUAUAGAGAAUUUAAUUCUCUGCAAAAAUGGUCCUCAUCAUUUUUAUCAUAAAUUCAAUAUUUAUGAAGUUAUAGACAUUUAUCUUAAAUAUAAACGAAAAAAAUAUCAACUAGCUGAAAAAAAACUUCUAAUUUUUCUGUUUAUUUAAAAUUUAUUGUAUAUAAAUAAAUUAUUUAUAUACCUGAAUCUACUCAAGUUUAACAUAAUGUCAUAAAAAAUACAUUAAACAAUAGUACUAACCGACUAUUAAUUUUUUUGUAUCCAAACAAUAAAAAUAUAUUUUUGGAUUAAUUAAA